CUGGAAGAGUGGAGGUUUAUCAUCUGGGACGGUGGGGGACAGUGUGUGAUUAUCACUGGGAUCUAGUAGCUGCUGGAGUUGUGUGUAAACAGUUGGGCUGUGGACCUGCUCGGGCAGCACCACGCAGCGCUUACUUUGGAGAAGGCUCUGGACCCAUCUGGCUGGAUGAUGUUCACUGCAGUGGCUCUGAGACCGCCCUGUGGAAGUGCGCAUCAUUGGGAUGGGGUCAGCACUACUGUGGACACUAUGAGGAUGCUGGAGUGAUCUGUUCAGACAAUGACACGGUGAGGCUGGUGGGUGGAGGCAAUCGCUGUAAAGGGAGAGUGGAGGUUUAUCAUGCAGGACAGUGGGGGACAGUGUGUGAUAACACCUGGACUAUAGCAGCAGCUCAAGUUGUGUGUACACAGCUGGACUGUCAAAAGGCUCAGUCUGCACCGCGCGGCGCUUACUUUGGGCAGGGAUCUGGGCCCGUCUGGCUGGGUGAUGUUCACUGCAAUGGCUCCGAGGCUGCCCUGUGGAACUGCCCUUCCCCUGGAUGGAAUGUGAGCAGCUGCAACCACAGUAAGGAUGCUGGAGUGAUCUGUUCAGAUGUCGAUGCAGUGCGGCUGGUGAAUGGAAGCAGGUCCUGUGAAGGGAGAGUGGAGUUUUUUCGUGCAGGAGAGUGGGGGACAGUUCAUUCAUAUGACUGGAAUCUAGCAGAUGCUGGAGUUGUGUGUAAACAGCUGGGCUGUGGACCUGCUCGGUCAGCACCAGGCAUGGCUCAUUUUGGACAAGGUUUGGGAUCCAUCUGGCUGAUUUUAUGCAGUGGUACUGAGUUUGCUCUGUGGAACUGCAUGACUUAUGGAUGGCUUUCACCCUAUCUCAGUCACCGUGAUGAUGCAGGAGUGGUCUGUUCAGAUGGUGAUGCAUUGAGGCUGGCAGGUGGAAGCAAUCCCUGUAAAGGGAGGGUGGAGGUUUAUCAUGCAGGACAGUGGGGGACAGUGUGUGAUCACAGCUGGGAUAUAGCAGAUGCUCAGGUUGUGUGUAAACAGAUGGACUGUCAAAAGGCUCUGACAGCACCACGCAGUGCUUACUUUGGACAAGGUUCUGGGCGCAUCUGGCUGGAUGAUGUGUCCUGCAAUGGCUCUGAGGCUGCCCUGUGGAACUGCUCAACGAGAGGAUGGGGUGAGAGCAGCUGCAAUCACUCUGCGGAUGCUGGAGUGAUCUGUUCAGAUGAAGACACAGUGAGGCUGGUGGGUGGAGGCCAUCGCUGUGAAGGGAGAGUGGAGGUUUAUCAUGCCGGAUAUUGGGGGACAGUGUGUGAUGAUAACUGGGAUGUAAGGGAUGCUGAAGUUGUGUGUGCACAGUUGGGUUGUGGAUCUGCUAAGUCUGCUCCGCGCAGUGCCCACUUUGGACAAGGUUCCGGACCGGUCUGGCUGGAUGAAGUUUCCUGCAGUGGCUCCGAGUCAGCCCUGUGGAACUGCACAUCAUUGGGAUGGGGUCGGCAUGACUGCAGUCACUAUGAGGAUGCUGGAGUGAUCUGUGCAGAAGAUAAUGCAUUGCGGCUGGCUGGUGGACGCAAUCCCUGUGAAGGGAGAGUAGAGGUUUAUCACGCAGGACAGUGGGGGACAGUGUGUGAUCACAACUGGGACAUACAAGAUGCUGAAGUUGUGUGUGCACAGCUGGACUGUCUCGAUGCGCAGUCAGCACCACGCAGCUCUCACUUUGGACAAGGUUCUGGACCCAUCUGGCUGGAUGACGUUCACUGCAAUGGCUCUGAGUCUGCCCUGUGGAACUGCUCAACGAGAGGAUGGGGUCAGCACAACUGUGAUCACCUUCAGGAAGCUGGAGUGAUCUGUGCAGGCAAGGACACAUUGAGGCUGGUGGGUGGAAACAAUCGCUGUGAAGGCAGAGUGGAGGUUUAUCAUGCCGGAUAUUGGGGGACAGUGUGUGAUGAUUACUGGGAUAUAGCAGAUGCUGGAGUUGUGUGUGCACAGAUGGGCUGUGGAUAUACUCGGUCAGCACCAUCCGAAGCCUACUUUGGAGAAGGUUCUGGACCCAUAUGGCUGGAUGAUGUUCACUGCAACGGCUCUGAGCCUGCCCUGUGGAACUGCACAUCAAGAGGAUGGGAAGUGCACAACUGUGAGCACUAUGAAGAUGCGGGAGUGAUCUGCUCAGAUGAUGACUCCCUGCGGCUGGUGAGCGGAACCAAACCCUGUGAAGGGAGAGUGGAGGUUUAUCACGCAGGACAGUGGGGGACAGUGUGUGAUCACAUCUGGGAUAUACAAGAUGCUAGAGUUGUGUGUAAACAGCUGGACUGUCUCGAUGCGCAGUCAGCACCACGCAGCUCUCACUUUGGACAAGGUUCUGGACCCAUCUGGCUGGAUGAUGUGUCCUGCACUGGUUCUGAGUCCGCCCUGUGGAACUGCUCAUCGAGAGGAUGGGGUCGGCACACCUGUGAUCACCUUCAGGAAGCUGGAGUGAUCUGUACAGACAAUAAUGCAUUGAGGCUGGCCAGUGGAGGCAACCCCUGUGAAGGGAGAGUGGAGGUCUUUCAUGAGAGAGAGUGGGGGACCGUGUGUGAUAGUGACUGGAAUUUAGCAGAUGCUGAAGUUGUGUGUCGACAGCUGGGCUGUGGAUUUGCUCAGUCAGCACUCGGCAAUGCCCACUUUGGACGAGGUUCUGGGCGCAUCUGGCUGGAUGACGUGUCCUGCAAUGGCUCUGAGUCUGCCCUGUGGAACUGUUCAUCAGAGGGGUGGGGUGUACACAACCCUGGCUGCAGACACUAUCAGGAUGCAGGGGUCAUCUGUUCAGGUGAUGGCGUAUUGAGGCUGGCGGGUGGAGGCCAUCGCUGUGAAGGGAGGGUGGAGGUUUAUCAUGCUGGACAGUGGGGGACAGUGUGCGAUCAUCACUGGGAUAUAGCGGAUGCUGGAGUUGUGUGUGCAGAGAUGGGCUGUGGAUAUGCCGAGGCAGCCCCUCGCAGUUCCCUCUUUGGAGAAGGUUCUGGACCCAUCUGGUUGAAUGAUGUGUCCUGCAGUGGCUCUGAGUCUGCCCUGUGGAACUGCAGAUUAAGUGGAUGGGGUGUGCAUGACUGUGAUCACUAUGAAGAGGCUGGAGUAAUUUGCACAGGUGAUAACAUGCUGCGGCUGGCUGGUGGUCGCAAUCCCUGUGAAGGGAGAGUGGAGGUUUAUCAUGCAGGACGGUGGGGGACAGUGUGUGAUUAUCACUGGAAUCUACCAAACGCUGAAGUUGUGUGUAAACAGGUGGGCUGUGGACCUGCUCGGGCAGCACCACGCAGCGCUUACUUUGGAGAAGGUUCUGGACCGGUCUGGCUGGAUGAUGUUCACUGCAGUGGCUCUGAGACCGCCCUGUGGAAGUGCGCAUCAUUGGGAUGGGGUCAGCACUACUGUGGACACUAUGAGGAUGCUGGAGUGAUCUGUUCAGAUAUUGACGAAUGCUCCCAAGACCCUCCAAUCUGUGGUUCCAAUGCACAAUGCACCAACACUAUUGGAAAUUACAGCUGCUUCUGUAAAACUGGAUUUAAUUCAACUACUGGGAACACAUGGAUACACGGGAAAACACAAUGUGUGGACAUUGAUGAGUGCGUCCAGUUCCCCUGGCUCUGUGGUCCGAAUACACAAUGUACCAACAUUGUCGGUAGCUACAUCUGCUCCUGUAAUCCUGGAUUAUUUCCUAGUACUGGAUUGAAAUGGACACUCAACACAUGGUGUAAAGAUUUUUCCCAGAUUCAAACAGUGCAAACCUGCAGCGUUAAAUAUUAUCAAGGAGGAGUAGAGAAAUACCUAAUUAGUUCCAGCACCUGGUUUUGUUUCAUCAUAAACCUAACGUCCACCACGUUCACUUGGUCCAGUUCUGAAUAUCAGCUGCAGCAAGUGGCUGGUGUUUUAAGCUCUGCUCUGAACAACACUUCCUUGUGGAGUAACCUGACCAGGGAUGAGAAGUCUGUUGCAGCUCAAGCAUACCUGGAUAUUGUAGAAAGGGCAAUGCUGCAGUUGACUAAGCCCUCUGAUAAUCGCGUAAGGAAAAACAUGAACACACAAAAUCUAGAUAUGGAGCUACUGAUUGUACCUACCUACCUCACCCCUGGAACUGAAAUGUUACAAUCCAAGAACCACAUCCUGGAAAUAAACAUGAGAUCCGUCAUGCAGAAUAACAUGGAAGGUAAUGUCUUUAAUGAUAUAAUAAUGUGGAGGGUAAUGUCUUCAAUGAUAGAGCUGUUUCAUCCACCACUGCAUGGUACUUUUUCAUUAACUAAGGGUACAUUUUUGUUUCCUGUUUUGUUAUCUUAAAGAGUAAAUAGCAUUACAUAUAAACUUUUUUUUCGACUCUCUGCUUACCUUUUUAGGGUCCUCAUUUAAACAAUGCGGACCCUUUGUGCUGAUCGUGUCUGUCUGCCUGUCACACUCUACACGGUGAAUACAGUAGCUGCCUUCAUUUUGCGUCAAUCUUCACCACACUUAAAUCACACACUCCUAGGUUCCUAUAGAAGUUUUGGAUUGCAUUUGGCUAUAAUCUGAUACAUUCUCUGUUUUAGACAAAUAUUUCAGAAGCAGAAAUACAGACUUUCAAGUUCUUGCCAUUUAAUGACCCAUAACUUAGCCAGGUAUUGUUAUUACAGACUCAAGAAAAAAAAAAAAAAGCAUGUAUUGAUUUUUUACAGAAGAACCUGGCAGGGAAAUGAAUGCCUGUCUUAAUCUUGGUCACGGUACAGUAAUACCAAUUCUGUUUUCAAGCCAAAGCAGGACUGUUGCUUUUAUUACAUUUAUAUAAUUUCCCACAUCAAUAUGUAUAUUUAAAUUUUUUCAGAUCGAUGAGUCAGCAUCACUAACUGUUUAAAAUGUGAUAUGGGGCUACAUAAUAUAAAACAGCACCACCUGGUGUCCAGCCAGGGUAUUUUUUCUAAAGACGUUCUAAAGAGAAACGGGCCACCUAGCAGUACUUCAGGGAAUUUUUCACAAAUGUAGUUGAUGCGUAUUUAAAAAUUCCAAGGUAACUGACUGGUAACCCGCUGUGCACCGGGGAGAGUUCUCCAAAUAUCUGGUGAUCCGUCUGUCUAACUGUC